AACGCAUAUAUUCAAUUUGAAAGCUGAAAUGUGUGGUUCAGCUUAAUUAUGAAUUCAAUUACAUGGGCCUAAUAUUAAAUCAAUAAUUCAAAUGACAUCGAAACCGAUUUGUUUGCUUCCAUUCGUGACACGAAGACAGACGUAUAACCUAACAAAAAAUAAAAGCGGACUGGAGUUACUGAUAGGCCUAAUAUGUGCAUGGAUAUUUCUAGAUAGGAUCCGAGCGCAGGCUAAUUUAGUGUAGCUCUACAAUGUUUAAGCACCAUGGAGAACUCCCAUCUGGAAGGUUUGCGGAGAAAGGAGGCCCAUUGUGGGAGAGGGAAUAGGCUAGCGACGGGACGGAAACAGACGCUGUCUACACGUUUCAGAUUCUUAAGGAGGAAUGUUCCAGUACGACGAUCAGAGAGACGUGGAAUGAAAUUAAAAUUCAAACAGCCUUCUGCUCAGAAGCAAUAAAAAUAGAAAUUCCUGCGACAUUCUCUGAAUUCCGCGCGUGGCUGAAAUUGCUGGACCGUGUUGCCUUGACCGGAGAUCAGUUAGGUCGAAUAGGCUAGUGUAGACCUCGGCGAUGUCGAUUUUGAGUUAUUAUUAGACAUAUUUAUCGAUGUGUAUAACAAUGCAUUUCGUGUUGCGGACAGUACGUGAAUGUGACUAUAGCCUAAAGCAUGCCGUAGGCUUGCGAUUUAUUAUUCUUUAGAACAAAAUGCAUUUGUUACGUUCUGAACAAAUGAAUCCGCUACAUAUCCCGAAAUGCUUUGCGGUGUGAAUUUGUGCUCAUGUAGGCUGUAUGACAGGUCUUUUUGCUAUUCCUUCUCAGUCCAGUAUUCCGCGAACGUCAAAAACCCGUUGUUUGUAUUUUUUCCUCCAAAGAUUGACGUUCAUUGGAUUGGCUGGACGAGCUGCCAGUCAAAUGUGUUCCUGCCUGCUUGGAGCAAAGAGUAAACAGUAGCCUAGCGGGAGCAUGCAGUCCGUUUAGUCUAAAUAUAUCGGAGGCUCCGGCUGGGAAGAGUGAGAGUGGGCACUGAGCAAAAGCCCUACCCGCUAAAGAUCUUACAGAUUGAGCAACCGUAAAGAAGGGACCUGUGUCUCACGCCUUUAAAAAUGAGCGGAUACAUAAAAGAUACGAAAUGGGAGAAAUCCAAAAUGCCUGCGCAUCAAAGCAGACCUAGGACGAGGGACCGGGGCAGCGUGCUGAACAGACCGGAGUUUCUGUCACUGAACCAGCCGCUCAGAUGUAACGCAGAGGUCCGUGGUUCCGCGCGGCGGCCGGGCCAAAUGAAGCUCCAACAACAACAAAGCCAACAGCCCGAAAAUUCACAGGUGCCCAGCGAGGGCGGUAAGGACCGACGAGAGUCUUUGAAAUUACCAGAGGAAGACUGCAUGCAGCUAAACCCCUCUUUCAAAGGGAUAGCGAUGAACUCCCUAUUGGCCAUCGACAUAUGCCUUUCCAAGCGGCUGGGGGUCUGUGCCUACACCUCAUCUUCCUGGGGCAGCGUCCGCUCCAUGGUCACCCUGCUCGCGCUGACGGGGCACGGAAUCACGUGGAUCUGCGGCACGCUUUUCUGUCUCACCAGGAGCAACACUUUGGCAGGACAAGAGGUCUUGGUCAAUCUACUUCUCGCUCUCAUCCUGGACGUGAUGACGGUGGCGGGGGUCCAGAAGCUCGUCAAGCGCAAAGGACCGUGGGAGAUGAGCCCGGGCUUCCUGGACUGCGUCGCCAUGGACACCUACUCCUUCCCCGCGGCCCACGCCAGCCGGGCAGCCAUGGUGGCCAAGUUCCUGCUGUCCCACCUGGUGCUGGCGGCGCCCCUGCGGGUCCUGCUGGUGCUGUGGGCCUUCCUGGCGGGCAUGUCCCGCGUUCUGCUGGGGCGCCACCACCUGACGGACACGGCGUGUGGCUUCGCCCUGGGCUUCCUGCACUACAGCCUGGUGGAGACGGUGUGGCUCUCCUCCGGCUCCUGCCAGAUGCUCAUCUCCAUAGGAACGCUCAGCUGGAGGCCCUUCGUCUGACCCCCGCUCCGCCCAUCCCAACCCCCCCCCCCGCCCCGCCAAGCCUCCUCCCCACGUUCCACUUCCUGCUUUCUGUCCCACUUCCUGUACAGUUCCGACUCUCUCUUUCUCUGUCGUCCUCUUCUUGAUUUUUCGAGACGCUCUCUAAAUGUUUUGCGCAUGCUGUACGCACACCUGCUUCGAUCGAGUUUAACCUCGUUAAAAUGUGUGUAUUUCUCUACUGGCUGAGCGCACACGUCUGCUGAGGUAGAGAGGAAAUGCUCGUCGGUCUGUUCCUGACCUUGGUGCUUUUUAUAAACGCGCGAUCCAGUUUGCUGCUUUCCUUGCGUUGACCCGUUUCCUGAGUUCGGGUAUGACUCUAACGGUGCUGCAUUUUCCCCUUUGGAACCCUGUCGUUUUCUCAGAUAUCCAAACCCCCACUCUUACAUGGUUUUGUGUUUUGUGUUACGGUUUGGUCAUAAUUUAAAAACGAGGUCAGGCGUCUAAUCACGUAAUUUUAUCAUAUGUCAGUUUGAGAAUAUGAUGCCCCCCCCCCCCCCCCCCCCUCCCCCCCAACAUUUUAAAUCAAUUUUUUCUACGGCAGCUGUUUUGAUGUGUACGCAGUUCAAAGCUGCAGUAGCUUUAGCCUGCUGGCAGUCUGGACACAGCUCUUCCUGUAGUUCAGAUUUAAGAAGCUGCAGUAGCUUUAGCCUGCUGGCAGUCUGGACACAGCUCUUCCUGUAAUUCAGAUUUAAGAAGCUGCAGUAGCUUUAGCCUGCUGGCAGUCUGGCCUCAGCUCUUUCUGUAUAAUUCAGAUUUAAGAAGCUGCAGUAGCUUUAGCCUGCUGGCAGUCUGGACACAGCUCUUCCUGUAUAAUUCAGAUUUAAGAAGCUGCAGUAGCUUCAGCCUGCUGGCAGUCUGGACACAGCUCUUCCUGUAGUUCAGAUUUAUGACGCUGCAGUAGCUUUAGCCUGCUGGCAGUCUGGACACAGCUCUUCCUGUAGUUCAGAUUUAAGAAGCUGCUGUAGCUUUAGCCUGCUGGCAGUCUGGACACAGCUCUUCCUGUAGUUCAGAUUUAAGAAGCUGCUGUAGCUUUAGCCUGCUGGCAGUCUGGACACAGCUCUUCCUGUAGUUCAGAUUUAAGAAGCUGCAGUAGCUUUAGCCUGCUGGCAGUCUGGACACAGCUCUUCCUGUAUAAUUCAGAUUUAAGAAGCUGCAGUAGCUUUAGCCUGCUGGCAGUCUGGACACAGCUCUUCCUGUAGUUCAGAUUUAAGAAGCUGCAGUGGCUUCAGCCUGCUGGCAGUCUGGACACAGCUCUUCCUGUAGUUCAGAUUUAAGAAGCUGCAGUAGCUUCAGCCUGCUGGCAGUCUGGACACAGCUCUUCCUGUAAUUCAGAUUUAAGAAGCUGCUGUAGCUUUAGCCUGCUGGCAGUCUGGACACAGCUCUUCCUGUAAUUCAGAUUUAAGAAGCUGCAGUAGCUUUAACCUGCUGGCAGUCUGGACACAGCUCUUCCUGUAGUUCAGAUUUAAGAAGCUGCAGUAGCUUUAGCCUGCUGGCAGUCUGGACACAGCUCUUCCUGUAGUUCAGAUUUAAGAAGCUGCAGUAGCUUCAGCCUGCUGGAAGUCUGGACACAGCUCUUCCUGUAUAAUUCAGAUUUAAGAAGCUGCAGUAGCUUCAGCUUGCUGGCAGUCUGGACACAGCUCUUCCUGUAAUUCAGAUUUAAGAAGCUGCAGUAGCUUUAGCCUGCUGGCAGUCUGGACACAGCUCUUCCUGUAGUUCAGAUUUAAGAAGCUGCUGUAGCUUUAGCCUGCUGGCAGUCUGGACACAGCUCUUCCUGUAAUUCAGAUUUAAGAAGCUGCUGUAGCUUUAGCCUGCUGGCAGUCUGGACACAGCUCUUCCUGUAAUUCAGAUUUAAGAAGCUGCUGUAGCUUUAGCCUGCUGGCAGUCUGGACACAGCUCUUCCUGUAGUUCACAUUUAAGAAGCUGCAGUGGCUUUAGCCUGCUGGCAGUCUGGACACAGCUCUUCCUGUAAUUCAGAUUUAAGAAGCAGCAGUAGCUUUAGCCUGCUGGCAGUCUGGACACAGCUCUUCCUGUAUAAUUCAGAUUUAAGAAGCUGCAGUAGCUUUAGCCUGCUGGCAGUCUGGACACAGCUCUUCCUGUAGUUCAGAUUUAAGAAGCUGCUGUAGCUUUAGCCUGCUGGCAGUCUGGACACAGCUCUUCCUGUAGUUCAGAUUUAAGAAGCUGCUGUAGCUUUAGCCUGCUGGCAGUCUGGACACAGCUCUUCCUGUAUAAUUCAGAUUUAAGAAGCUGCAGUAGCUUUAGCCUGCUGGCAGUCUGGACACAGCUCUUCCUGUAGUUCAGAUUUAAGAAGCUGCAGGGGCGCUCUUGAUAGAGCA